CGAUCAGUCUUAAUCAGAUCGUGGCUCGGAACGGACGCGCGAUCGGCACUUCUGGACAGCCCCCUGGAAGUCGGUGGUUGUCACACACUGUUUGUGAAGAGAGUCCUUAAGGGUGUUUGGAAGAUUUAUUUUUGCUGGACAGUCGCGAUACGUUUGAAGUGCGCGGAAAGUUUUCAAGAUCUGGGAGCAAACAGUCGUAGAUUGUAAAAUGAAAGUGCCACUGGUGGUUCUGAUUUUGGCGGGUCUUUCGACGGUUGGGGUUAGCGGCAGUGAAGUGUUUGAGUCGGAGGUUGAUCAUGCGAGCAGUAACGACCAUCCACAGUCGAUCGGUCGGAACAGGAUUCUUCCCGAGGGGGGCAAGAAACCUGCGGCCGGAAGUGAAACCGGCAGUGACAAGGAAACAAUUCCACUGAUUGGCCAGGAAGACCCAGAAGAGGGACAGCUGUUUGCCGGAGAUCGGGGACAGUUUAGUGUGGUGGACCGGGUGUUGCUGGCACUGCUGCGGGACGCCCUGGGAUCGCUGGAAGGGUCGCGAUGUCGGCGGGACAUGAACUGGACGCUGGACGCGAUCGAGCGGAAGGAACCGUGGGCGGUGGCGAUGCUCGACGCGUCCGCCAAGUCCACGUCCGGCCUCGAGCAGGGUGACGUGUUCAAGUUGGGACACUUUGACCAGUGCAUGGGCGUGGGCAGCUUUGGCCAGUACUGCUUGGCGGACGUACGGCUAGAGGGUUACCGCCUUCGGGCGCAAGUCUCGCGCCAGAUGUCCACGGAGAAUUCGACCAUCGUCCACUGGGGCGUUUGCGUGCCGGCAUCCUGCGCGGACUCGGACGUGGGUCGCUUGCUACAGAUGACCACCGGAUCGAGGGAGGUGACCAUUCCGGAACGGGGAUGCCAUCGGGAGUCGGGAAACGGGAGGACCUCAACGGCUGAAGUCGUGUACGCUUCGGUGAUCAUGUUCUUCGUGCUGAUGUUUCUGGCCAGUACGUGUUACCACGUGCGAUCGAUGUACGGGUCGGGUUCGGAAAAGCAGAGUAUCUUUGCGUGUGUUCUGAGGUCUUUUUCGGUAGUGGAGAACCUGAGAAAGCUGGUGCAGGACAGUAAGGACGACCAUGGGUUGGGUUGUAUCAACGGGAUCAAGUCGGUGGCGAUGUUUUUCAUCCUUGGAAGUCACGCGUUGCUGUUUAUGGCCGGAGGAGCGACGUAUAAUCCGGGAUUUCAUGGAGAGCAAGCAAAGCUACUCCGCAACGCCUUUCUGCUCAACUCGCCCCUGCUGGUGGACACGUUCCUCCUCCUGAGUGGUUUCCUGUUUGCCCGGCUCAUCCUGAUCGAGCUGGACAAACGCCGCGGCAAGGUCAACUUCCUGGUGCUGUACGUGUUACGGUACGUUCGACUAACCCCGGCGUACGUCGCCAUCAUGGCCCUGUACGCCACGUGGCUCCCGCGGCUGGGCAGUGGCCCUCUGUGGGACCAGAGAAUGCUGCUCGAGCAGUCCCGGUGCCAAACGAGCUGGUGGCAGAACGUCCUGUACGUCAACAACUACGUGGGCACCGAUCGGCUGUGCAUGUUCCAGUCGUGGUAUCUGGCAACCGAUACGCAGCUGUUUGUGCUGGCACCACUGCUGUUGUAUCCGCUGUGGAAGUACGGCCGCAGAACGGGCAUGACGUUGGCGGCGCUGGUGGCCGCGGUUUCGGUGCUCAUUCCGUUCUGUGUGACCUACUUUGGCCAGCUGGAUCCGUCGUUUAUGAUCUUCACGGAUGAGGUGGUCGACGUGCAGUCAAACUACUACUUCCAGAACGUUUACGUUAAAACGCACAUGAGAGCGACCGGAUACAUUUUUGGGAUCUUUGUUGGGUACCUUGUGCACUGGAUGCAACAGAAGAACAUCACCAUAGGCUCGUACAAGGUGGCCUUCUUCUGGACCGCCUCGACCGCGCUGGGAACCCUUUCGAUGUUCGGUAUCACAACUUUCUACAACGCUACCGGCACCGGCAACUACACGUACAACGCCCUGUACGCGGCCGCCCACCGGCUCGGCUGGAGCGCCUCCAACGGCUGGCUGGUGCUGGCUUGCGUAACCGGAAAUGCUGGCCCGCUUAAGAAGUUCCUCUCAUCACGGGCUCUAGUUCCGAUUAGUCGGCUGACCUAUUGUGCAUAUUUAACCAACGGACUGGUCGAGCUUUUCUUUAGUGCCUCGCAGCGAGUUCCGAUCUACGCGAGUGUCCCCACGAUGACCGCGGGCACGUUGUCCCACGUGUGUCUGACCUUCCUGAUGGCGCUGGGACUGUGCCUGGUGUUUGAAUCGCCCAUCCACGGUAUCGAGAAGAUCUUCCUGCGGCGGAUAAGCCCUACGACCGGCAAGGGGCAGCAAUCGGCCAAAGAGGACAAAAUGGUGGAAGCCAGCAGCAGCGUCAGCGGAACCACCCAGAGCAGUUCCGACGAUAUGUGCGCUUGAUCGCGAUCGGGAAAACUGCACGAUCUGUUUGGCUUCUGAGAUAGCUAACGAGAGAUUUAGGGAUAGGGUUACGCGACCGUAGGAUGUUUCUCGACUAGUGAGAGCUAGUUUUGUAAGGUUUCUUUUCCAGAUUGUAUUUGUUCGUUUUUAAGCAUUGAUCAAGAUUUGUAAAUAGCUCAACAAUUGUCCAGAUUUAACCUCAUCUAAAAAAACGUGAUCAUUUGCCGUAAUAAUAAAACAAAACACAAAACAAAAACCUAAUCUAACGUUGUCGCUUG